AGUGAAUUGUCGACAUUCACCAUGGCUAAAGAAGUUGCCCAGGGUCCGAGCUUUAGACAUCUAAAGUCCUAGUUUCAGUGUUGAUUUAAACCCAGUCGCUUUGUGCCGCGAUGGCACACAGAUAUCUCCGUCUCUCCAGAGGCUGCAUGAACCUUGUCCGCUUUUUUCGGCCUAAUUUCGGAUCCUUAAAUUGCGUUCGACUGGUAUCUACACAGAGUGAGGCUCGGCAAACUCUUGACAGAGGAGCUCUGCUUUCCCAGGUCUUGGUGACCUAUAGAAGGUUAAGUUCUAAACCUCCAAAAGGAUUUGAGAAAUACUUCCCAAAUAGCAAGAAUGGCAACUCAAAGAACAGUGAGACCAAACUGCCCAGUGCAGAGGCCAAAGAGGCCAAGCCAAACAGUGCCCAAAAGCCUGCUGGGAAGUCUAAUGCCGGAGGUGGAGGAGGAGCUGGUGGAAGUGGAGGCAGAAGGGGCGGGAGGAAAGAAGACUCCCACUGGUACAGUCGGCUUCAGAAGGGUGAAUUUCCGUGGGAUGACAAGGAUUUCCGUAUGUAUUUCCUGAGUAGCACAGCUUUCUGGACAUUUGCCACAUACUAUUUCUUCUUCCGGGAUGGAGGGAGAGAAGUCACCUGGAAGGACUUUGUGAAUGGUUACCUGGCAAAAGGAGUUGUUGACAGGUUGGAGGUAGUGAACAAGCGAUACGUGAAGGUUGUGUUCCCUCCAGGGAAAGUACCUGUAGAUGGGCAGUACGUGUGGUUUAACAUUGGUAGCGUGGACACAUUUGAGCGGAAUCUGGAGACAGCUCAGCUGGAGCUGGGUAUAGAAGGAGAGAACAGGCUGCCGGUGGUUUACUCCACCGAGAGUGAUGGCUCUUUCCUCCUGAGCAUGCUGCCCACCGUGCUCAUCAUCGGCUUCCUGCUCUUCAUGCUCCGGCGGGGUCCUGCCGGCGCAGGCCGUCCCGGGAGGGGCAUGGGAGGCCUGUUCAGUGUCAGCGAGACCACUGCCAAGGUCCUGCGUGACGAGAUCGACGUCAAGUUCAAGGAUGUGGCGGGCUGUGAGGAGGCCAAGCUGGAGAUCAUGGAGUUCGUCAACUUCCUCAAGAACCCAAAGCAGUAUCAGGACCUGGGGGCCAAGAUCCCCAAGGGCGCCAUCUUGACUGGACCUCCUGGUACUGGGAAGACUCUGUUAGCGAAGGCUACUGCGGGUGAAGCUAACGUGCCCUUCAUCACUGUGAAUGGCUCUGAGUUUCUGGAGAUGUUUGUGGGCGUUGGUCCAGCCAGGGUUCGCGACCUUUUUGUUUUGGCCCGUAAAAACGCUCCCUGCAUCCUCUUCAUCGAUGAGAUCGAUGCUGUGGGGAGGAAGCGAGGCAGGGGCAACUUUGGUGGGCAGAGUGAGCAGGAAAACACACUCAACCAGCUGCUCGUGGAGAUGGAUGGGUUUAACACUGCCACCAAUGUAGUGGUCUUGGCUGGCACGAACAGGCCAGACAUCCUGGAUCCAGCACUGAUGAGGCCUGGGCGCUUCGACCGUCAGAUAUACAUCGGUCCUCCAGAUAUCAAAGGACGGGCUUCCAUAUUCAAAGUGCACCUGAGACCACUGAAGCUGGAUGCAGAAUUGGACAAAGAGACACUAGCCAGGAAAAUGGCAGCCUUGACUCCUGGCUUUUCGGGUGCUGACAUCGCUAACGUGUGUAACGAGGCUGCCCUUAUAGCGGCACGCCACCUCUCCGACGCCAUCAUCCAGAAACACUUCGAGCAGGCCAUCGAGCGCGUAAUCGGAGGUCUGGAGAAGAAGACGCAGGUGCUGCAGCCAGAGGAGAAGAAGACGGUGGCGUACCACGAGGCCGGGCAUGCCGUGGCUGGGUGGUUCUUGGAGCACGCCGACCCUCUGCUCAAGGUGUCCAUCAUCCCGCGCGGGAAAGGUCUGGGCUAUGCGCAGUACCUCCCCAAAGAGCAGUACCUGUACACCAAGGAGCAGCUUCUGGACAGGAUGUGCAUGACCCUGGGCGGCCGCGUCGCUGAGGAGAUCUUCUUCAGCCGCAUUACCACCGGGGCGCAGGACGACCUGCGGAAGGUCACCCAGAGUGCGUACUCGCAGAUAGUGCAGUUUGGCAUGAAUGAGAAGGUAGGCCAGGUAUCGUUCGACCUCCCGCGGCAGGGUGAGAUGGUGCUGGAGAAACCCUACAGCGAGGCCACGGCACGUCUCAUCGACACAGAGGUGCGCAUCCUGAUUAGCACGGCCUACCAGCGCACGAUCCAGCUCCUGACGGAGAGGAAGGCCGAUGUGGAGAAGGUGGCGCUGCGCCUGCUUGAGAAGGAGGUCCUGGACAAGAACGACAUGGUGGAGCUCCUAGGCCAGCGGCCAUUCGCUGAGAAGUCCACGUACGAGGAGUUCGUGGAGGGCACGGGCGGCAUGGAUGAGGACACGACACUCCCUGACGGCUUGAAGGACUGGAACAAGGAGCGCGGCGCUGAGACGGAGCAGGGCACAGACGAGCAGGUGGCGCGCCAGAUCUCGGGUGACGUGCCGUUCUAGAUGCGGUCCGUCCACCAGAGGGCAGACUUUACUGCCCCAGCGCUCCUUUACAGGAGACGGGGGGAGAUCACGGAGCCAUGGUGCUGCCCAGGAACGGGAACGAGGUGGCUCUCUCAGCAAGUUCGGCUGAUGGGACCUUUGCGUAGGAUAUCACUGGGUGUUUGUGUGGUGCUGCCAAAGACAGGGCUGUAGAGAGAUGCUGGGGGUGUGUCAUAUGUAUCCGUAAAAUCUUCCCAAGCCUGGAGCAGAGGGCACGCUCCAAGCUCGAUGUGGUAUCAUCACGUUACUGCAUUUGCUGUAAAGUCAAUAUGUAAAAGUCAAACAACAAACGCUACAGCGCUCUUGAAUUUUCAGUGUCUACAUUUUUUUUUUUGCUUUUUGCUUCGAUGAGCUUGAAGUGUAAAAUUGAAGUAUGAAUGUUCUUAAAAAUAAAAUUGCGAAUAUAUAUAUA